UGCUUAAUGUUUUCCGCCAGUCCGUUACCAUUUAUAACAAUAACAAAGGCUGAAUACAAAAACAAAACGUAUAGUAUAAAGGCAAAUAAUUGAACGCUGUUUUUUAGUUCGAAGUAAGAGUUAAAUUUAUGAAAUGUCUAUUCUAGACGACCGUGACGCCUUCAGAAGAAAUCCAUAUUUUCACCCAGAGGAUCAGAUAAAAGGUGACUUCACUCCAUUCUACGUUGCUAUCAGCAUCUGCUCCGUUAUCGGUGGCUUUUUAAUAAUCAUCAACAUUGCAUUCUACUACUGUUCACAAUAUAAAAGUUACUGGCGAAAUCGGCACACUGGUAAUCGUUGGAUCCAAUCACUUUGGACCGUAACGCCGCACAAUAAUCCUCCUCUUGAUUUAUCCGAGUUAGAAAAGGGUAUUAAAACAUAUAAAUCUGAUAUUCAUGAGGUAGUACAGUACCAGCAAGAAGAAAUUGAACGUGGUACGCAACAACCGCAACAGUAUAUAGAACUACAAAAACGAGAAAGUGAUAUUUAAGUUGAUUGGAU